AUGUCCGAUAUUAAUACAACUCUCAACUCAAUUCAAAAGAUUGAGGUUGAUCUUACUGAAAUCAAGCAAGCAUUGUGUGAGCUUCAAAGGCAAUUCAGCAAUCAAUUUGCGCCAGCAGUCAGUGCAGAAGAUCUAACUACAAUGCAACAAAGCAUUAUUGAGCAGAGUUCUCUUGAGCGCAUUGCCGAGUCUGUGAAAAGAGCUCAGCUCACAGAGUACCCUGAUCAGCUCGGUAAGCGAGACUGGAAGGCGCGCUGCAAAGAAGUUCCACAAGGGCAGCCUUUGCCCCCAUUAGUCCCUCUUUCAGACCAUGAUUUGACAGUAAAAAGACUACAUCUCAAAACAAUAGGCCGUACAGUAAAGCAUGAUAUCAUUGACAAAGACUAUCCUGCGGCCUCAAAAGAAUGGAAGAAUAUCCCAGAGAAAAACAGGGAAUACUACAUGAUGCAUUUGGAGAGGUUGGCAAAGAAUAGUGGAUUGCACAUCCACCAAUGUAAAAGAAUGUGGUGUGCAAGAAGCCUUCUUCAGGAAAGCUUCAAGAGCGACAACCAGACACACAAGAGAAGAAUAGCAGAGAAGAACAAAACACAGCGAGACAUAAGUGAUUCUUUGCUUUCUUCUCCUGAUAUGUCAGAAACUGGUGAUGUUAAGUUGCCCAUAAUGGCAGAUGUGCUGUCUCCUCCACCCACAGCAAGUGUUGAGCCUGCUCGCAAGAGAAGCCGAAGAUCAUAG